GACUCCGAUGCUGUGGUGAGAGGAUCUGCAUGAAUAUAUCAGAGGAAGUUAAGAGUCAAGAAACCAUUAAACAUGUUGAAACAGCAAACACACAAGGCUAUGAGAAACAUGUCCAGGAACAGUCAAAUGACACCAACGGCCAUGAGAGAGGGCCGGGUAGCGGGACAGCUGGAGAGGAGGACUGAAAUGGCUGCCACUGGACACAAGGAAAAUCACAUGUAGUUCUCAGUUUUUGGCAGUUAAUUCACAUGUCAUCAGAAACUGCAACCAUUACUGUUCGCCUUGUCCGCUCCUUUGAGCACCGUAAUUUCAGACCUGUGGUAUAUCAUGGAGUUCACUUGGACCAAACCGUAAAGCAGUUUGUUGCAUUCAUAAGGAAUGUCUUUUUACUUUUAAUAGAUGUGUCUUCAAGAGCAGGACUUCCACCUCCUUUCAGAAAUUACAAAUAUGAUACAAUGAAGAUUAUUCACCAAGCACACAGAUCUAAGACCAAUGAACUUGUAGUGAGUUUGGAAGAUGAUGACAAACUCAUUUUGAGCGAUGACAGCACUUUGAAAGCAGCUGGAGUAGCAAAUGAAACCGAAUUAGCAUUCUUCUGUGAGGAAGAUUACAGAAACUACAAAGCUAAUCCUGCUUUGGCUUGGUGAAGAUCCCAAGGAACCUGUUUUUUUUAUUUUAUUUUCUUGUACCUGUUGUAAACUCUUUAUUUUACUGCAAUUGUUUUUUGUUUGUUUGUUUGUUUGUGUUUUUUUUUUUUUAAUGAUCAAUAAAUCUCAGAGGAUUGCUCGACAGGUGUUGCAAUUCCCUUAUUAUAGACAUUAAUUUCUUUCAGGAUGCUGCAAUUGAGAGGGGAAAAAAUAUAUUGACCCAAAUGCGCUUUCCUUUUCUUAUGGUUCCUUUUUCCUCUUUUAACAUUUCAGAAUGUCGGGAGUGUAAAUGAUCUCUGACCAGUGACAUGCACAGUCUUUGUGCGAACCUACAACAAUGGAUUUUGCAUAAGGGAUGUUAGAUAUGUAUGGAAAUUGUACAAGGCAGAUGUAAAUCCCAUCAGAGUGUUAUCCUUUCUUAUGAAAAUGGAAACUUUUUAUGACCAAAUAACUGGAUACUUAAAAGGGCUUAGCUAGAGAAUCUCUACCUUACAAGUAAUGGCUUUAUUCUACUCAUUUUAUGUUCAGUCGGCUUUGUUUGAGUGGUGCAGACUGAUUAGAGUUUUGUAUUCUUCACUGGUGAAUGCUUCCCUUUAUAUUCUGUAUCCCAACCCCUUUUAGUGUGAUGAAACAGGCAAAUGGCUGUUUGGAGGCUUUUGUGUCUGAGGAGUAGCCUGCCUGGUUUUUUAGUGUUAUUUCAUGGAGAUGUCGCGGUCUACAAAGUAGCAACCCGGCUUCUUGUAAGACAUUAGUAUGCAGAAGCAGACUUUGCGCAUUCCUCCAAAUGGAUUGCAAACGGGUGGCUUCAGUACUGAAAUAAAGCCUAAAUCACUG